AUGGGUAUCAACUCUCGCCGCCGCGACAUUCCCCCACCGCUGCCCGCCCCCACCGAAACCGACGACGACGGCGCAUCCGCCCUCGAAACCGAUGUAGCCACCAACGUCACCACGCGAACCGACAAGUCCAGCUUCGAGAUCCCCGCCGACGGCAGUCCCAUUACCAUCCCCACCCACAAGAUCGCCAGCAAGAAGGAAGGCAGGAUUUCCAAGGACAACGGGCAGACGUCUGCUUCGUUGUUGAUUGAAUACUUUGAGGGUUCGGCGACGGGCGACAAGACUAAAUCCCGUCCCACUGUGCGGGUCAAGGUCUCUCAGGGCUCCAAGAAGCGAAGUGGCAGUGGUGCGCAUGAUGCGGUGCAGAUAACGGGUAUUGGAAGCGAUCGCAAGCCCUCCUACACCCGUCGCAUUUCCCUGGGAAAUCACAAAAACGUCGAAAUCGGUCAACACAUUCCGCAGGGCGGUGAACACGACUCGUCAGAAAGCACCUUGUCCAACAAACCCCCGAUUGAAAUUGAAGUCCUUGGACACAACGCCAGCGACGUCUCGACCGUCUCCCGGGGCCUGCUGUUCAAUCCGGUUGAGUCCAACGUAUCGUCCAUGCCAGCCGACAGCAUGAUUGAAGGCCGUGACUCUGGGCGUACUCGCUCGUUCGAUCGGGACGACUAUGUCAAAUCGAAGAGUACGGGCUAUCUGCAAGAGCCUGAAAGGGACCGCACUCGAACACGGAGCACCGAGCGCAUCGCGCAGAAAGUAAUGGAGAAACUCAACCGCCCACCACAGGCUCCCUUACGAUCCGGCAAGUCACGCAGCGAGCGCAGCUUGGGCAAGUCCUACGAAAGUGAAGCCUACCCGCCGCGAUCUGACGUCUCGAACAACCCCAAGCUUCUUGGCCUGGUUCAAGACACCAUCAGGAACAUCAUCCUCCCAGAAGUGCAAGCUGCAAAACACGAUCAGAGAUACAGUGGAAGCCCCCGAUCUGCAGGGAGCAGUAGGAGGAGCUCGUACCAGGACGAUGGUCAUGCACGCCGCGUCAGCAAGUCUUCUAGUUCGCCCAACAUCUCGAGCAAGCCCAAAAUCUACCUCAACAGAGACGGUGAUGAGCCCGGGGCUGUGCUCUCUCGGGGUGAUUCUGAGCGGAGGACGCGCAAGUCAAGUGGAGGCAGCUACUCGGAAGACCGGCCAACAUCUAGAAGGAGUAGCUCGUUCCUUCGCAAUGCUGGUGCAGCUAGCAUUGGCGCAGGAAUUCUUACAGCCGCCGCUCUCGAGAUGCACGACAAAGGCGAUUCUUCCGAGCGACGGCGCAAAAGAAGAAGCAAGUCUGGCGGCAGUCGAAGCCGAUCUGAUGGUGCUACCGAAUCAGGCCGGCAUACGUCUUCCCCUCGAGAGGAAAUCCCGCCGCUUCCAUUGGCAGGUGGCAUCCCUUCUUCCGGUGAGCGUACACGCGAAAGCCUGGUUUCUUCUGACCGCACCAAGAACGCUUCGUCUUGGGAGUCGGUUGACCGAAGAACACCAGUGCGUGGUGCCGCCGAGAGAUCUUUGAGCGAUACGAGAUCGCCACCACUGUCGUCCCGAACGCCUACUCGAACGUCACGUUCGGAUGGCCUGGGCGGGAGGCACGACACUGCUUCCAUCGAACGCUCAGGAGAUACAGGUGGGCGCAUGGACUCAGCAGAACGUAUGGCCGCCCUCGCUGCUGGUGGUAUAGCUGGUGUUGCCGCGGCGAAAGGCCUGGAUGACGUCUACAAAAGCCAUGUGGAUGCCGACGGGUAUGGGAAUGAUUCGCCAUCUCAACGCAAGAUCUCGAGCCCCGUGCAAAGCAUCUCAAGCCUGCGAAAGAAUUUCGAGGGCGAUGAAAUAGCCUCGCGAGACUCGCGACCACGAAGCGCAGCCUCACGAUCCUCAGCUGGACGAUCUUAUGAGAAGCGAACGUCGCAGGCGAGUCUGCAUUCCACCCGAUCAUCACCACUGGCCCAGCCACCCAACAUCGUUGCGGGUGCCCAAGCAUCUCCUCGAUCCCCCAGCGCUCCCACUCGGAGCGAAAUUAUGAAUGAGUUCCAAAAGGGACAGGACCGCUUGCACGAUCCAACCCGCCAAUCUUACCUCUCUGGAAGCCCAGUUCGAGAUUCGUUCAGAGCAACAAACCGCGACUCUUACCAGACCAACCCCUAUCCGCAGGACGAAAAGCGAUGGACAAUGUUCACCGAUGACAGCCCAGCGGAGCCCUCGGCCUUCUCGGGCGAGAGAGAUCUACAGAACCUCGGAGCGAACCCAGAAUACGUGCACUCUCCUCACGGAGCCGAAUCGGCAGUGGCGUCGCUCAUGGAUCCGUCCACCCUCUCUUCCGGCAGUCCGACGAAGGCUACACACAGCGACAAGUUCGCGGGACAUCUGCGCGAGAUGAGCAAGGAUACUCCUCCGAUGUAUCAUGGCUCUACUGUCAGCCAGACCAUGCCUAGUCAAGAUCGGUGGGUGAAGCUCAAGGAGCAUGCCCAAGUCAGAUCUGGCUCGAAUAGUAAGGUGGAUGUCGGACUCAUUGAAUCGCCGCAGCAGUCGCCUGCGAGAAGUCCGGAGCGCUCUUACGAACGGAAUGCCGGGGCUGGAGCUGGAGCUCGCGAUCUUCAGAACGCGCGGUAUAGUGAUACCAAGUCGGAUGUGCCGACCAACCCAUCCGUUGUUGAAGGACCUCUUGGCGGUGAUGUGACUGGUAAAAGCACUUGGCCGUACACUCCUGAUCCUGCCUCGCCGGCGUACAGAGAUGGUAGCAGCCAAGACAGCCAAUCAUUGAAGAAAGGACGCAGCAAAGAGGAGGGGAUGCUAGCUGCUGCCGCCGUAGGAUCUGCAGCUAUCGUUGCGGGUUCUGCAAUGCGCCGAGCAACUGUUGAGGAUGAAAUUGAGCAGGGCAAGACAACACCUGAUGUAGGAAGAAGAGGGUCACUCAGCGGAAAGCAGAUGACUUCCCUGAGCCCUGAUUCCUUUGCCGACCAAAGGUACCCGCGCAACACUCUCUCUCGCUCUGUUGGCAGCCUCACGCCGGAAGCCGAACAGAAGCAAUACAGCAAAGCGGAUGUGGAGGACUUCAACCGAGCCAUGGACGCCCAAAGCCUCGAUGAGCGGAUCGAUGCCUUUGGUGCUGAUGUCAAGCGCGAUCGACACACCAGCGGCAACUCUCACGGCAUGUCUUCGCCCCUUUACGACAGCGCCAUCGGCAAGGGCAAGGACCGCAUUCAAUCGAAAGACAUUGUCGCGCUAAUGGACCUCCUCACUGUCCGGGACGCCCAGCGGAAUGCUCGCGAUACUGAAAUCUUGACCACGCUCAUCCACAGUGCUGCGGAGAUGCGACAGUCUUUCGAUGAGAUGAAGUCGUUCAUUCUUGAGCAGGACCGGAUGAUCAUGCAGAACACAGAUCGCAGUGCCGACACCACUGCUCACAAGGUCCUGAGCGGGCCACGGACUCUACCCACUGGAUCUACGGGCACAGUGGGCGCGCUGUCGCAAGAGGAGAUUCAGACGAAGCGAAAGGGCGUCCUUCGACGCGCUCUUCGCGGCCUGACCGGUGGAAAGAGCGCAAAUGAUCUUGUUAGAGUGGAGGGCAUGCUCAUGCAGAUUCGUGACAAUGUAGCGGACUUGAAACAGCAGACCGGCCCUCGAGCGCCUGCGGGAUCGUAUACAGAUGAUCACGUCAAUUUGUACGAACGAAUGCGAAAUGCGCCGGACUCGAGCUACGAUCCGGAACCUGCGAUGAGCGAUCCGAGUACGCCACAACGACCGGUUUCGCAGCCUGCUUACACGCCACGCGUGUUCCACUCCGGUUACGACGGCCGUCGAGGAUCGGAGCACCGCGUGAGCACUGUGCUCGAGGGUGACGAGGAUGAGUAUGGACCGGAUGAGAGACCGCCGAGGCAGGAAUACGAAAACACGGAACGCCUGCUUACGCCUACGCAAGAGGCGUAUCAGCAGCGUGACCUGGCUCCCGUCAACACUCCGCCGCAGAGAGCUGUGCCGACCGCUUAUCACCAGGAGGACCACACUCCAACAUCUGCCGAUCGACGUCGCAAGCAUCAAAGCAAUAGCUCGUCUGUCUUUGGCGGGGCCGGGGCCAAAAUCUCCCGUUGGUCGAAGACUACAGCUUCCUCCGCACCCCCUGAUGCCUCGUACCUAGACAGCCCCAACACACCGCCCUAUCGCGGCCUCAAAGCAGCGUCGGAAGCCUCACGCUCAGGCUCCACGCUAGCACGUUACAACGACGAAGACUACGAGGUCCAAGACGACGACCGCCUGCGCUCAACCCAAAGCCUCGUCCGCGAGCAAGAAGCGAGCCCCGAGCGACGCAGCCUGACAAGCAAAGCCAGCAAACUCGACCGCCCACCCUCCCCCCUCAUCCCCUCCGAGACCUCCAUCCGCGAAUUCGACUACGAGUACGCCCGCGGCAAAUCCCCCAUCCACUCUCCCAUCCUCGAGUCCCAUCUCGAAUACGAACUCGACGAUCCUAAGUACCAGGCUGUGCGCAAUUCGCUCCUCCUUCAACACCCGCAGCCUCGGCAGGGCGCUACGCCUCGGCAUCAGAAUGCGCUCGAGUCGCAGGCGCGCACGUUUGAUAAUACGUCCCGCACUGGAAGCGACUUGUCCACUCGCACGACGGGGAGCGAUUUCGACCCCGCGACUUGGGGGUCUUCAGGCACAGCAGGACUAGCCAAACACCGUCUCAGCCAGGUCGAAGGCCCCCUAAGCCCAACAGCCGCAAGCGACAUUCCCAGCCCUCCCGCAGGCGCAGGCUACGGAAGUCGCGUAAGCAGCAAAGACCAAGGCCCCCUCAUCCCCUCUACAGUCCAAUCGCGCGCCGCCCCCGAGCCAGAAGACGAAAUGGAAUGGGAGCCGCAGUACAGCAACAGCGGUUUCAGCCGCAGCGUGCCUCCCUCCGGCUCAGCUGGCGCCGUAGGCCCCGGAGGCUACUACAGUUCCCCUUGGGGAUCUGGACAUCUUCUCGAGCCGAUUGAGGAGGUGCGGUAUAGUCUCGAGACGGAUCGGGAUAGCGGACACUUGUCCCCCGAGCCGGAAAUCGCGUCCGCACAGGCUGUCCAUAUGCGCUCGCCUGCGCGCAAGAUUACGGGGCCGAGGCCUAUGGUUGGGGGUGGGAGGGCGGCGAGUAGUGAGCAGCCGCGGCUUGUGGAGACGACGGGGACGAUUCGGAGGAAGCCGUUGAGUUCGCAAUGA